CAAACAAACAAUCCCCACCUACACAUUCACAUACUCAAACACAAUGAGAUUCACAGUCGCCGCCGUUUCCGCCAUCGUUUUGGGCUCUUUGGCCGUCAGUGCCGCACCAACAGCUGAAAAGCGUGCCACAUCCGGUCAAGCAACUUGGUACCGUCAAGAUGGAACAACUGGUUCAUGCGGUGUUCAACAUAGCGAUCAAGACAAAGUUAUCGCUGUUUCGGAAGAUUUGGCCGGAAAACAUUGUGGACAAAAAAUCACAAUGAAAUCCGGUGACAAGACCACAACCGCAACAGUCGCUGACACUUGCCCUGAAUGUGAUUAUGGACAUUUGGACUUGAGUCGUGGUGCUUUUGAAGCUUUGGCAAGUUUUGAACAAGGUGAAGUUCCAAUCACCUGGUGGUUCGACAACUAAACAAGUAAUCAGCUUGUUUAUCCAUACAUACACACAUAUACAUUCAUCUUCUCACACCAUAGACUUGGUUUCAUUAUGACCUGACUUUUCGUACCGGUACGAUCGUCAGGAUUAUUCCUAACCAUAUAGCUGUAUUUUUACCUAGAAAGCAAUUCGUUGGUGUACACUUCACGACGAUUGCUUCCCCUUUUUCUAGACCUUGACGGAUCGUCGGGCGA